AUGGCUGCGGCUCUGGUGGCUAAAGGCAGUGGGGACACAGACCCCAGGACUUUGGAGGUGAGGCUGGAACUGGGGGGGUGGGGCGGCCUGAAAGGCCAAUGCUUGGGCUCCGCUCUGACCCCGUGGGGACCUCUGCAGCUCCCAGAGCGCUCUCCAAGGAGGCCUCCCAGCUUCUCCUUCCCUUCACAGUUGGCCACGAGGCUGAAUUCACAGUAUCUGCCGACCUUCAUGUUUCCAAGGCAGGAAGGGAGCGCGCCCGGAGGGCCAGCACGCCUUCCUAACCUCACUCACAGUCAUGGAAACCGAGGGGAACAGGGGCCCGUGGGGGCUUCCCACGUGUUUCUCUUCAAUGACAGGAAGUGCAGGCUAUGCGUGGGGAGGCUGCCCAGGGCCUUGGAGGAGAACUGCCCCCAGACCCUCAGCGACACUCGUGGGGUUCCUGGCAGACCGUUCGUUCCAUCAGGGAGGAGACGGUGA